UAUUGACAAAACAGCGCACACAGUGCAGACAACGCUUGUCCUUCACUGCUCCUGACUGCCGGCCAGUGUUCUUCUAGGAUUGUUUUCUGAAAAGCAACACAAAAAGAGAAAACAUAACAUUCUGGACGAUGGCCGCAAGGAUCUGGCCUUUAGUAAAGCUUGUCUCCAAGGUGACCAUUGCCGGAGGAGCAGUGUACGUCACCUAUGACUCUGGUCUGCUGGGAAGCGGUGAACAGGGGUCAGCGGCCCUGGAGAAGGCCAAAGCAGCUGUGCCACCCGCCUUAGAAGAAUGGAUGAAGUAUUUUGGUUUGGAGGCUCAGCUUCCCACCAUGCCUAAGAUUGAAUUCUCCCCAGUUAAUUCAUGGAACGCUGGAGUGCGGUGGACAAUUUCGAGCCUUUCAGAGGCCCCAACAAGAGCAUCUGAAUAUACAAAUCAGGGACUGCAGUACGUAAAAGAGCUUGUCAAGUGAACAGAACCACCCUGGGUGACCUCACAUUAUUGUUUGACUUUUGCACCUGAGAAAUGACAGUACUCCAAAAGUUUCACCCCCCUCCCUCCAGACUAGAAGACACAAAAGGAAACUUCUGUGUGAGGAAUGUGCUGGAUUUAAUGUAAAUUGGUAUUUUGUGGAAGUUGUAAAUAAAGCAGGGAAGCAAAGUGUUUUUAAAUUAAAAAUUUGUUUAUGCAA